AUGAAAAGGAUCUGUACUUCAUCCGGCUCAAAUAAGAAACCCCGCGUUUCAUUUUCUUUAUUGCCUAUUGAUUUAACACGCGAGCCUUCUAUUGAUUUGACUCACGAGUCUCCUUCAUUUCUCCCUCGGCCUACUUCAGAUUUAGCUCGUUAUUUGUCCGUGCCUCCUUCCGUAGGGCUAUAUAAUAAUAAUAUACCCAUACUUGAGCAAUUUCGUUUUAUAUAUACCGAAGUGGUGUUUGGUGGUUUUAUGAAUUUAAGCGGUUUAUCAGUUCCCCAAGAGGUACAGAUACUUUUAAGCUUCGGUCCUAAAUAUUCUCCUCCUGCCCUUCCUGACAUUUCUUCCUAUAUGGUGGCCUUGGAGCGAUAUUACGAUGGCUAUGUUGAGCAUGGAAUGCUAUUAGGCAUGUGUGAUCGGGUUGAGUUAGAGUCACAUUAUUCCUUGUUUGUGGAUGCCAUGUUAAAGCACCAGAUUCCAUCUUUGCAUCAUAGGAUGCUGUCCCAUAUAUACCAGGUGACACUGGCUUUCUUGAAGAGACAUGAUGAUUUAAUUAUGGUUCAGGCUGAUAAAGGUAAGACAACUAUAUUGAUGUUUCGUUCUGAUUAUAUUUCGAAGAUGGACACUUGGCUCGCUUCCUAUUUGUCUUCCGGUGCUUGUAUUGAGUUUACUGGUGAUAGAGAUAUAUUGUUGAGACGAAUGCUUGCAUUGUAUAAGAGGGUGGUUUUGCCUUUGCGUCAUUUGUAUGUUUUGAACCCUUCCAUUUAUCCCUCCAAGAUACACAAAGAUUUGCUUGUUAAAUUGCAGGACCCACCUCAGAUUUCUUAUUUGUAUGGUUGUAUAAAGACCCACAAACCGGAUUUUUCCAUUCGUCCGAUUUGCAGCCCUAUUGAUUGGUACAUUGGCCCUUUGCAUAAACUAUGCACUCAUUUUUUAACCGAAAUUUUGGGGGAUAGGCUGUCAACUCAUAAUCUUAAAAAUAUGGAUGAUUUGACCGGUCAUCUUUUGGAUCUAAUCCCUAUUCCUGAUUAUGUGUUUAUAACCUUAGAUAUAAAAGAAAUGUACCCUAAGACCCCUUUGGCACCUUUAUGGCAGGUUCUAGAAAAUUUAAUGUCUUUCGACUGGUUUCAGGAUCGUUGUCCUAUAAGUAUGGAUCUGUUAAGGAAAUUAUUGGAUUAUAUCCUACAUCAGGCUAAUUAUUUCUCUUUCAACUCUGUUUGGUACCAGCAACUUGUGGGUCUGCCCCAAGGCGGCUCUGCUUCUGGUCUGCUGGCUACAUUAUUUCUCGAUUCCAGGUUGGAAAUAUAUUACAACCUCAUUUUUUCUGCUCACCAUGUUAAAGCCUGGUGGAAAUUCGUUGAUGAUGUGCUGGUUUAUAUACCUAAGGCUUCUGUAUUGGAUUUUGUGUCAGCUUUCUCUCGUUGGACUGGUUAUGAGGUGACUCAUGAAGACGAAUCAUUAAAUGAUAGCUGUCAUGGUUAUCCGACCAUAUCCUAUUUGGAUUAUAACAUAUCCCGUACACCUACCCAAUUCUUAAUAUCACUAUAUUUGAAACCUACCGCAUCUCAUCGUAUAAUCCAUUAUACUACAUAUGGUAGUAAGAAUUCAAAAAGAACUGCCUUAUUGUAUCAUUUGCGUAGAGUGUUGUUCCGUAGUAGUGAUGCCUAUUUGUCUCGUGAUAUGAGUUUUUGUAUACAGAUGAUAAAAAACAAUGGCUAUCCUCAUAGUUACAUAAUAUCAGAGUUGUCCGAUUUGGCUUGUCAUGAUGAGAAGGGCUUGGGUGGAUUCCUGGAUCAAUCUCGUGAAGUCAUGAGAAGUUUGAACGAAUGUAAAGGUGACAAUGCAAGCACUUAA